GAUGAGCCCCACCGGAAGCGCCAAAAGGCCAUUCUUGCCGCCCACCCAGAAGUGCGCGAGCUCUAUGGCAACGAGCCCCUGACAGCUGUUAUCGGCGCGGCAGCUGCUCUGACACAGCUGCUUGCCGCAUAUGUGAUUGGCUGUGUGUGGAAGGAUUUGCACUGGGGAGUGGUGCUGGCUACCGCAUAUUUGCUUGGCGGAACAAUCUCCGCCCUGUUUGGAGUCAUUAUUCACGAGGCCGGCCACAACCUUGUGUUCAAGAACCCUUUUUACAACAGGCUGACCGGUUUAAUGGUUAAUAUGCCGAUGGUCGUGCCGAUAUCGCAGUCGUUCCGCAGAUACCACCUGGAGCAUCACCAAUUCCAAGGUGUUGAGGGUAUGGACCCAGAUCUUCCAAUGGACUCGGAGAUCAAGCUGAUUCACAACAGCCCCCUGCUGAAGACACUAUGGGUGUUUUGCUACAGCUUUAUGUACGUCGUCCGCGGAAUGGCGAUGAAGAAGAAGCCACAGCGUUGGGAGGUGAUCAACUUAGUCAUGAUCAUCGCUGUAGACAUUCUCAUCAUCAAGUACAUGUCUCUGCGCUCGCUGGCGUACUUGGGAGUGUCCGUGUUUUUCGGAUACGGAAUGCACCCGGGAGCUGCGCAUUUUAUCCAAGAGCACUAUAUUUUCCGCGAUGGCCAGGAGACAUACUCGUACUACGGAUCGGGCAACAUUUUCUAUCUGAACAUAGGCCUUCACAACGAGCACCACGAUUUCCCGCAAAUUCCCUGGACUCGGAUAUGGCAACUGCGCCGAAUUGCCACCGAGUUCUACGAUCCGCUGUACGCACACACCUCGUGGAUCUGGGUUACCUUCAACUUUAUUACCUCGCCUAUGCUUGGCCCACAGUCGCGCCUGACUCGC